UUAUUUUUACUGUUAUUUGAUCUUUACAUAAACAUUUUAAUCUUAAAUUAUGUCAAUUAGUCUUUAAGAAUUUUCUUGGAUGUUGAACAGAAGUUAAUUAAAUAUGGACAUGUGUGUAUGUGUUUGCAUCUAUUAUGAUUUUGCAACUGGGAAACAAAUAUAGUGAUAUUCACUCUUUAGAAUUUAUACAACUUACCAUUUAUACCAUUAGAAAAUGUAACAAUUAUAAACUUAUGGUUAGAUUCUAACUGGAUUUCAUUGUCUUUGUACAUUGGCUUUAGACAUUUUCAGUCCAAUAAUGAAUUCUAUAACAACGGGAGCUCUCAGAUUUAUAAUUUAAGUAGAGAUGUAUACCUGUGCAGAACAAGGAAAUAAAAACAUACACUGCUCUUCUGUUUAGUUCAUUUUUAAUAAUCCAGAAUUUCAAGAGAAAUUUCAAAAGAAAUAAUUGUAUAAAAUGGGACAAACACAAUCAGCUCCACCUCCACGUCAACCUUCACCUCCACCUCCACCUCCCAAAGUUGAAUUUGAUCGUCCAUGGAGGAAAAUGCCUUGGGGAGAAAGGGACAAAAUUGAACAGAAACUGAGGACAUUCAAGCUCAAGGGAACAAGUGCUCAGUUCGUCAGGAUUCUGGUUGUUGGUGAAAUCGGAGCAGGAAAGUCCAGUUUUAUAAACUCAGUCAAUAAUGCUUUCCAAAGACGAAUCACCUCUGGGGCUCUUGUUGACAGGGCAGGAGGUACCAGUUUCACAAAGAUCUACAAAACUCAUUAUAUUGAAGCAGAGGGUGGCUCCAAUUUGCCUUUUGUUUUUAAUGAUAUUAUGGGACUUGAGGACAGAGAGUCUGGUGCAAAAGCAGACGACAUCAUCAGAGCCAUAAACGGGUUACUUGAGGAAGGAUACAAUUUUGAGAAUACACGUGUGACAGACGUUCACUACAGAAGCAACCCAAGUGUCGAGCAGCAAACCACAUGCCUGGUCAACAUUGUUGCUGCAGACAAAAUAUCAAUGAUGAAUGAUGGGGUCAUUGAAAAGCUGAAAAAAAUCCGUCAGGCUGCUACGGAACAGAAUAUGCCUCAAGUAAUCAUCAUGACAAGAACAGAUGUAGCAUGUCCACUGGUUCGGCAGGACUUAAGAAAGAUCUACACCAGCAAGAAGAUCAAGGAGAAGAUGGAAGUGUGUAGUAAUACAGUGGGGAUUCCUAUGAAUCACAUUUUCCCUGUGAAGAACUACCAUGAGGAGAUAGACACAGAUUAUGUUAUGGAUCUUCUGAUUCUCAAGGCACUUGAUCAGAUUGUGCACAUUGCUGCUGACUGGUUAAAGAAAAAACCAUUUAAAUGUGGUGAAGAAACUGAGUAGGGACUCAGAUCACAAUGCCUCUGUGUAUUAAUGUAACCCAAAGUGAUUUACACAGCAUUUAAAAAACACAGUAGGAGACACGAUUACUGCUGAUUGGAGAAGAGAACCAAGUAUGUAUUGCUAAAAUAAGUGUUAUGCUGUUUUCAGUAUUUAUGGAGCACAUUAGAUUAUUUUACUUUAGUUACAGUUACUGAUUUAAUCAACCCUAAAAUGUAAGUGAGGAAUUCUAUGUAAAUGUUAAUCUUACAAUAAAAAAUAAAGUUUUUACCUAAAGAACAAAA